GUAUUUUUAACUAUUCAUAUAUAUAUGUUUAGUCUCUCUGCAGUUUGAAUUCAAACAUUUGUGCUCUCUCAUCUCAAAAACUACACUAAAGCUAUAAAUCAUCAAUCAUCUAAAAUCUUCAAAAAGCAAUGGAUUAUUCAAAAACCGAAGAAACACCGAUAAACGAAGAACAAGGGUCAACAAAUUCAUCUGAAAGCAGAAGCAAUGAAGAGUUAUUCUCUGAUUGUGAUCAACAACAUUCUUCCAUAGCUAACGAGUUCGGACUAACGGAGUUGCCUAAAGACGAUAAAGUUUACGAGCUUAUCUACCGUCAUUGCCAAUCUAAGCUAACUUCUCACUUAAGCAAUCAGUUUGAGAUUGUAUCAAUUCUCAAGAACGGAUUUCAAACACCAUUAGGACAAGCUAAGCUUAAAGCCUUUCAAAUAUACGCUGAGUCUGUUGCAAAGAAAAGCGGCAGCUGCUGUGGAAACAAAGCUGCGGUGGCUGAAGCGGCGAGAGUGAAAUACGGUUGUUGCGGUGUGGAGAAGGAAGAGUUAAAAGCGAUUCUAAUGUAUGGAUUUAGCAACAAUGCCUUAUGUCUCUCACCAGACAAUGCUCCUCUUCAAUGUAUGAUAGAUCCUUCAUCAUCUUGUAACGAAGACGGGAUUAGCUUCUUGCUGUUUUCAAGAAUUAUUAUGGGAAAAUCAGAGGUUGUGUGCUCGACAUCACAAUCGUAUCCGAGUUCUAUGGAGUUUGAUUCAGGUGUAGACAGUUUGACAUCUCCAAACAAGUAUAUUAUUUGGAGCACACACAUGAACACUCAUGUUUUGCCUGAGUUUGUUGUUUGCAUCAAAACUCCAUCUAUCUUGAAAAGAAAAAACCCGAAAUCUCCUUGGAUUUCGUUUCCGGUCUUAAUCAACUCGAUAUCAAAGUUUCUAAAUCAAUCGCAAAUCCGUCUCAUUCAUAAACACUAUAAAGAACAUCAAGAUAGGAGAAUCUCGCGGUGUGAGUUGAUUCAACGCCUGAGAAGUAUAACUGGAGAUAGCUUAUUGGUUCAAAUCAUCAAAUCUGUUGGACAAAAGGUACAUAAAGACACAUGAAUACAAACCAUUUCUGGUUUUGUUUCUCAUACAUAACUUCCACAAUGCUGGUUCUUCGAUUAUGUUUCUCCGAUAAAUGUACAGUCACAGCGUGGCUAAACGCAUCGAUAUAAAGAGUAGUCGUUUAUUAGCUACAAUGUUGAUUACACUAGAAUUUGGAUGUGUC